UGUUGCUGCGCGAGCCCGGGAGGCCGGCGGGGCAAUACUGUGUUCACGCCCAGCUUAGUCCUCUUUGUUCUUUCUCAACUCCUGGUCCACGGAGGGGCGCUCGGCGUCCGCGGCCAGGGUUCUGGAGCCGCGUGGAUUUUCGCUCUCCAAGAGAGGCCCGUCCCUGCGGUCUUCAGUUUCGAAUCCCUGGACCCUCUCUGCGGGUGCCUCGCGUAUUUGCAGGUGAAUACACCCUUCCUAGCAUGGCAGCCCCCCUUUUACCGCCACCACCAGAUCCCCAGUUUGUCCUCCGAGGCACACAGUCAGCAGUGAAUGCUCUUCAUUUCUGUGGAGGAACCCAGGCUCAGGGGUGCCCUCUCCUCUUCUCAGGGUCUCAGAGUGGCUUGGUGCAUAUCUGGAGCCUGCAAACACGGAGAGCAGUCGCCACCCUGGAUGGCCAUGGGGGUCAGAGUGUGACCUGGCUGCAGACACUGCCCCAGGGACCACAGCUCCUCAGUCAGGGCCGGGACCUGCAGCUGUGCUUGUGGGACCUGGCAGAGGGCAGGAACACCAUUGUGGACUCCGUGCACCUGAAAAGUGUGGGCUUCUGCAGGAGCUCCAUCCUGGUUGAGGAGCAGCUGCGCUGGAUGCUUGCUGUGCCAGGGAAGGACAAUGAUGAGGUUCAGAUUCUGGAGAUGCCAUCCAAGACGUCGGUGUGCACCCUGAAGCCAGAGGCAGAUGCCAAGCCAGGCAUGCCCAUGUGCCUGGGGCUGUGGCAGGCUGACACCAGCCUCCGCCCUCUCCUUCUGGUCGGCUAUGAGGACGGAUCAGUGGCCCUGUGGGACAUCUCAGAGCGGAAGGUGUGCAGCCGCAUUGCCUGCCAUGGGGAGCCUGUCAUGGGCCUUGACUUUGACUCCCAGAAGGCCAGAGGCAUCUCAGGCUCUGCAGGGAAGGAGCUGGCUGUCUGGAGCCUGGAUGGGCAGCAGGCCCUACAGGUGCGCCACAUCCAUGAACUCACCAAUCCUGGAAUUGCUGACAUCAUGAUCCGGCCAGACCGCAAGAUUCUGGCCACGGCAGGUUGGGACCAUCGUAUUCGCAUAUUUCACUGGAGAACAAUGAAGCCACUGGCUGUGCUGGCCUUCCACAGUGCUUCUGUCCACUGUGUGGCCUUUGCUGCUGACGGCUUGUUGGCCGCAGGAUCCAAGGACCAGCGCAUCAGCAUUUGGUCUCUGUAUCCACACACAUAACUUGGCUACUCUCUUCUUGAAAGACUCAAAAGACAGAAGGUGGGCAUCUCACUCCAGCCUUGACCCAAUCAUGUGAAAACUGACCCUCAAAGCCUCUGAGGACCAGCAACUUUUGGUCCAAAGAGCAUGGAGUUCUCACUUUCUUUAUGAGACUUGCUAUUCCUUUCACAAACCAUAAUGUCCAUAUGAUGAUAACUCUGGUGACCAGCCAGAUACCUGGCACCUGUGACCUGGUGAGAGGUGUGGCUGAAGCCUGGCCAUAUUGCCAGGCUAAGGGGAUUUUACAAUAAAUUUUCCAUUGAAAACCUGCAAGCUCAAGGUAGGAACCAUCAAAGGAGACAUCCCCUGACACCUGCCCUCCACAUAGUGUCAGAGCCCUCAGAUCCCCCCUGAACAAGCCUAUUCCUCAGUCUUGCUAUUGACUAACUCUAAGCAUGUUGAGGGCUGGACCUUGGCUACAGAACCCCUAGUGUGGCCUCCUACAGAUGUCCACAGGGUUCCUCCCUCCAGAGAUGGGCAGGAGCUCCUGUCACUCAGGACAGAGGCCAGAAUCUGGAAAAGAAUGUAACUCAAAUCCCUGAAGAGUGAGGUGAAAAAGGGGCCAAUGGGAGGUGGCCAACGUGUUCAGGACAGAAGGAAUUCAUGGUGCAUAGAGCAAGGCCAGAUGCAGGAUCCCCCUGUAAACAGGGUUAGGUCAGGGCCAUUUCCAAGUGAGCCUGACAGAAGGCAUAGGGGUAUCAAGUGAGAAAGGCCACUGGCUCUUUAUGGUAACCAUGGAGAUAAGUGCAGCUACAUGUGCAUAAAGUAGCAACGCCAUACAAACUGGGAAUGGGCAACCAGAGCCAAGAGGGUGCUCAGAUCUGGUGAGCACCCUCUAAGGUAGAAUCAACUGGGAAGAAAUGGGACCUCAAAGGUGGGGAUGGAGUAGACCGACAGACCUCAAAGAAACAGGAGACCUCAGACCUCUCCAUUCUGCCAUUAUUGCCAGAAGAGUUGCCAGUCCUACCUGCAGCCAGCCCCUUUUACCUGAAGAACUGGCAUAGCCCCCAGGUGCUGCCCUACAAUGCACUAACAUUCAGGACCCCCCCUCCCCUCUGGAACUCAGUGCUAUAACUAGACUUUACUCCCAGCAUAGCAGAGGGUGAAGUGCAAAGUGUGUCCUGUGCCGAGAGCAACAUAUUGCAAUAGGAUGGCCUGGUAUCUCCUAUUUAUAAACAGAAAUCUGGAGAACAUGCAUGAAACUGGGAAUAAAGGAUGUGGGGUCCAGGGACUGGAGUAUGAAAUGGGUCAGGUCAUUCAUUUAUACAGGCCCUCUGAGCAGAGAGCCGGGCUUUGCAUUGCAGCUUCAGGGGCUUUCUAGAAAGGGCCCACAGUUGGAUUAGUAAUAGGUUGGCUGAAACAUGGACCCCAAAAGGUGUCCACAUAUGUGAAGUUGAAGUGCCCAACUGCCUUGGUAUACAGAAGAGGAAGGGAUCCAGAGGCUGGAGGAUUGGAAUGUUGAAAAGGGAUUUGUCACCUAAGAUCUAUUUACCUGCUGCUAGAGGGUCCUAAGGCUUUCACUCCCAUGAUGGAAGGAUGAAGUUACUGGGGAGGCCCAUCAUCCUCAAAGUACUCUGUGAUCACUCUUCUCUGUAGGUAAGAAAUUAAGAUGGGAGCCAGGUGGUGUGGUGGGUUUCUCUUCUCCUAGCUACUCACAUGGCUGAGGUAGGAGGAUCGCAAGUUCAAAGCCACCCUCAGCAAAGGUGAGGUGCUAAUAAGGAACUCAGUAAGACCCUGUCUCUAAAUAAAAUACAAAAUAGGGCUGGGGAU